AUGCCAAAAGUACGAAGAAGCAAGAAACGACCACCAGAAGGAUGGGAUUUGAUCGAAGAAACGCUGGAAACUAGUUUUCCUCAAACUUAUAAAAGAUUUUCUCAUGAAAAACUAAGGCGCAUGCGCAAUAUGAAAUUUGUGGUGCUUGAAAAUGGUUGGGACGAAAAGAAGAAUAUUCUUGUUUUCUAUGCCGUUGGUUCAUGUCAAGUUCAAAUAUUUCAAUUAUAA